AGCAUGUUCAUAACCUUACAAUCUUCUUGCCUUCGCCACAUACUUGUAUUUGUAAAGCGUUUUCGGGUGCAGAUUUUGUCUCGCCGCAUUGAUAUAUCGACGCUGAUGACGCGGGGCGACAAGCACCCAUACACGUAUCGCGAUUCAAGAGCAGCAUAUUAUCGGAAGCCUGCCUUUCAGCGAUUCAUUCAUGCACCGGUCCACGAACAGUUAAACGGCGCGCAUUUCGUGAAAGUGAACACGCAACGAGACGGGGCACGGAUCUUUUCUUUUUUUACUUCGCGUUCUGUUGUGUUGUGUUCGCUUUGAAAACUGGCUGAUGUGACAAGAUGCGGAAUCAUCACAAGUGCUGUUUGACUACGUCAUCAGCUGGGUGCCAGAAUGGCUGUCAGGGGAGUUUUGCCGAGGCUAGGAAUCAGGCGCCCAAUGAAAUAUUCGUUAACAGAAGUCUGCAUUUGGAAAAUAUCAAGUUCUAUGGAUUUGAUAUGGAUUACACUUUGGCAGAAUAUAAAUCGCCUCAGUAUGAGAAGCUUGGUUUUGAUCUGAUAAAACAACACAUGGUCUCAAUAGGUUACCCGCAAGAAAUAUUAGAGUUUGAAUAUGAUCCUACAUUUGCAGUCAGAGGAUUAUGGUUCGACACAUUAUAUGGGAAUCUACUAAAAGUAGAUGCUUAUGGCAAUAUUUUAGUCGCUGUGCACGGAUUCGAGUUUUUAAAACAUUCGAGAGUAUACGAGCUCUACCCAAACAAAUUCUUGACCCUCGACGAAUCUAGAGUGUAUGUUUUGAAUACGCUAUUCAAUCUACCUGAAACCUAUUUAUUAGCUUGUCUAGUCGAUUUCUUCACUAAUUCUAAGGAAUAUACGAAAACCGAUACGGGUGUAAAAUGCGGAGAGCUGCUCAUGUCAUACAAAUCCAUUUUCCAGGAUGUAAGAAAUGCUGUAGAUUAUGUACACUUGCAAGGCGAUAUGAAAAAGAGGACAAUCGAGAAUUUGGAAAAAUAUGUAAAAAAAGACGAACGUCUUCCUAUGUUUUUGAGCCGGCUUAGAGAAAGCGGAGCAAAAACUUUUCUAUUAACGAACAGCGAUUACAACUUCACAAACAGGAUCAUGACGUAUUUGUUUGAUUUUCCACACGGCGCAAAGCCUGACGAACCUCACCGAAACUGGACGACAUACUUCGAUGUGGUCGUGGUAGACGCUCGCAAACCUCUUUUCUUCGGGGAAGGUACCAUUUUGCGUCAAGUAGAUAUCAACACUGGAGGUCUACGCGUUGGAGUCCAUACCGGACCGCUCCAAGCAGAACAUGUCUAUUCUGGAGGGUCCUGCGACGUCUUCACCAAGUUUAUUGGAGCUAAAGGCAAAGACGUACUUUACGUGGGUGACCACAUAUUUGGCGACAUUUUGAAGAGCAAGAAGAUCAGAGGCUGGCGAACAUUCCUUAUUAUUCCAGAAUUAGUCAGAGAGUUGCACGUGUGGACCGAUAAAUGUCAAUUGUUCAAUGAACUGCAGAAUUUGGACAUUAGGCUGGGAGAGAUGUACAAAAACUUGGACAGCAGCACAAAGGAGAAACCAGAUAUAUCUAAUCUCAGAGCUGCAAUCAGAGAAGUAACUCACAAGAUGGACAUGGCAUAUGGAAUGAUGGGAAGUUUAUUCAGAUCUGGAUCUAGGCAAACAUUUUUCUCUUCACAGGUCGUGAGGUACGCAGAUUUGUACGCAGCUACACAUCUGAACCUUCUCUACUAUCCUUUCUCGUACAUGUUCAGGGCGCCUGCAAUGCUGUUGCCACACGAAUCUACAGUAGCCCAUGAGCAACAGUUUGUCACUGAAUUCAUGGAUGAGACCAACCCUGCAGUUGAAGAUGAUGAUGAUAAGAAAAUUAAAAAGGUUCUGGAGAGAACCCAAAGUCAAAUACCACACGUUCGCCCGGCAACACCACAGUCCCUCACACACACCCACGAUGAAGACUUUUCUGAUGAAGACAGCGAGGAUAAGAGCGGAUCCAACAAGAGCCAUUGAGGGAGUAGCCCAAAAAACUAUGCUUACUGUUUUUUAUUUAUGCGCACAACUUUAUACCUCAUAAGAUUGGUUGGAUUAUUUAAUACAGUUUUACAAUAAAUACAUGUAAUUCUUAAUUUCACAAGAGAAGCCAACCAGUCCCAUUUUUACAGAUAGCUUCAAUAAUGGGACUGGCAGAAUCCCAGAAUGAUAUCUGUUGCUUGCAGUUGAAUUAAUCUUUAUGCUCACUUUAAUCUUAUUAAUUUUUGUUUCAGUCAGGAAUAUAUUUAUUGUUUGUAUGUCGCUACUUUUGUGUAUUGCUUACAAAAUAAAUUUAACAAAAAAGUGAUUUUUGUAAAUGAAAGUACAUAUUAAUAGGUACAAGCUCUGAGAGGAGUCGAUACCCUUAUGGUUUAGCAAUAUUAUGCAGUAUUAGAGCAGCAUACAAGAUUCGUUAAUAAAUACUGGCAACUAUUUCAGUGAUUUUGAAAAAAUGUUAUGGGGUAUUAUUAAAUAAAAUGUCCACUAAAAUUAUAAAAUAUUGCUCAUGAUGAAUUGUUUCCAAUUGUGACAAUUUGUGAUUAUUCAAUUAGUUUUUUAUACAAGUAUUUUUAUUACAGUAGUUUCUUUGUUUUUU